UCUAUUUUUAAAUUGCCUAAAAUAGAAAGUGUGUUCGCGUUUCUGGUAUAUGAAUGCAAUUUUAUUUGCCAGCACAAAUUAGUAGUUUUCCAUUGUGAUUCGAAUCGUCACGUCGAGAGGGCGAUUUAUAUUCUUCGCGCGUGCCUGUUAUAUGCAUGUGACAAAAAGCGGGAAAAAACGUCACAUAAAGUUUUGUGUACAUAUUGUUUAUAAAAAUGUCAGUCAUUUAAUUAACUUUCAAGUCUUGAUUGAUUCUAACUAUUAAAUUCCUGAAAUGGCUGAUGAAUUUCCAAAUCCGGACGAUGAUUUCGAUUUUGUCUGUCAAGCGGAUUAUGAAGCUCUGAGAGAAUUGGAGGAACUAGAAAGAUUGACGCAACCUGGUCCUAGUGGAGUAUCUGGAACAGCAAGACAGCACGACAGAAACAAAGAUCAAGCAGGCAUUAAAAUAUCCGUUUCUGUUAACUCUGAUAAAGUUAUUGACGACAAUGUAUCUAGCAGUAAUAAAAAACAAAACAGUUAUGAAGAAUUAUACAGCGAUAGUACACCUAGCACUAGUAAAAAGCGUAAUUAUGAAGAAUUGUUGUUUGGCGACAUUUCCGAUCUUUUAGGGACAGAUGCUUCAGUUGAUGAUCUUGUCGAUGGACCAAAAGAAAAGAAGCUCCGUUGGGAUCAACCUGAAGAUGUCAUUAAAAAAAUGGAUGCACGACAAUUGAUACAUGAUCAUGAUGGGGAUGCAGUGAUGAAAACAAAAUAUGAUGAGAACAAGAAAAAUUCUAUUUCUUUACGAGUUCCACCCUGGAAUUUUGUGGCGGUCACAAGGUUGUACGAUUCCCAGCGCCUAUAUAUCAGAGUUAGAAAUGCACGAAACGAUAUUAAACAGUCCAAAAAACCUAUUACUAAUCUGUUGUCAAUACCUUAUAAUCAAUUGAAAGUUCAAGCGCAACAAAUUAUGACGAGCAAAAAUGAGUUAUCAGUACAAGCAGCAUCCAAUUUGAGUGAUACUAAUAACAUAAGUAACGACGAAUUAUGGGUAGAUAAAUAUCGACCUCGAUCGUAUUUAGAAUUACUCUCGGACGAAACAGUCAACAGACAGCUCUUAUAUUGGCUGAAGCUUUGGGAUAAAAUAGUAUUUAAUCGAAAUAUUCCGAAACCGAAGAAGAAACAAACACCUGUGUUUGGAAAGAAAAAAGAUAUCGAUGACGAAAAAGAUAUCGAGGAAGUGGAUAGCAAAGGAUAUCCAAUAAAAAGGAUAGUCUUACUCAGUGGACCACCUGGAUUGGGAAAAACUACUCUAGCGCAUAUAGCAGCCAGACAUGCUGGUUAUAAUAUCGUAGAAAUCAAUGCGAGUGAUGAAAGAAGUCCAGAUACGUUUAGACAGAUCCUUCUUGCAUCAACGGAGAUGAAAGCUGUAAUAGGCGCGGAUCCCCGACCAAAUUGUUUAAUUUUUGAUGAGAUUGAUGGUGCACCGGCUGCAUCUAUCGAACUUCUCUUAAAAUUCGUCCAAGGUAAAUUAAUAACGAAAACUAAAAAGGGCAAGGCACAAUCGGAGAAAACAUCUGAUGGUUGUGCACGUCCUGUGGUGUGCAUCUGUAAUGAACCGUAUGCACCAUCCUUAAGAGCGUUAAGAGCCGCUGCUAUAAUAAUUCCGGUGCCCGAAGUAAGUCCUUUAAGAUUAGCAGAGCGUUUAAUGGAGAUAGCGAGAAAGGAAAAGUUAAACGUAGACUUUGGUGAUCUUGUAAAAAUAGCAGAAAGAUCCGGUUGUGAUGUUCGAGCUUGUGUAGGAGCAUUACAGUAUAUGGGUGGCGCUAAUUUAAAAGAUAAUAUAUCACUAGGCCUGAAGGACUCUCGUAAGAAUUUAUUUGAUUCGUGGAAAAGUAUAUUAACAAUUCCUAUCAACAAAGGAGGGGUGGUUGCUGUACCUGAAAGAAUUCAGAAUAUUAUGAGAACAGUGCAAAAUGGUGAAUCAGAAAAACUGGCACAAGGAAUAUUUCAUAAUUAUCCCGAAAUCUGUGAUAAAAAACUUGGUAACAUAUCCACGUCUCUGGAAUGGUUUCAAUUUUACGAUUUAGUAACAUCACUUGUUCUACGCAAGCAAAUUUGGUCACUUAUGCCGUACACGAAUUACGGAUUUAUAGCAUGGCAUUUGAAUCUUGCGCGAACACAAAAAGUGAAACUAUCUUUUCCUACUAUCAAUAACGAAGUAAAAAUCUGCAAAAACACAGGUAUUUUAACAGCGAUACGAAGGGUGUGUGGACGCGAUGCUUUCACUUUAAUCACAGACAUUGCUGGAUUUUUACCGGAUCUCCUAGCGCCUAAAUUACGGACAGUGCCUUCUCAUUUAUAUUCGCCGAAGGAGAAAGCCGAUCUUGCUAGAAUAGUAAAUGUGAUGCUCGAUUUUGGUUUAUCAUUUGUGCAAGAAAAGAAUCUUCAAGGGGGCUACAUCUAUAAUUUAGAUCCUAAUAUUUUGGAAGUUGGUGUUCUUCCCAAUUGCAAUCCGCAUCGCUAUCUCGCGUAUGCGGUACAGCAAAUAAUUGCACAAGAACUGGAAGUUGAACGUUUAAAGCGAGCAAGUAUCUUAAUGGGACUCGGUGGAGUCAGCUUGUCAGAAAAUACGAUAAAUUCAGAAAAGCCCAAAGUUAUAGAAAAUAAUAAAGAUAAUAAGGAUAAAUCUUCUAAUAUAGAUAAUAAGGAUAAAUCUUCUAAUCCACCGAAUAGCGCAAAACCCGGAAAAAGUGCGACAUCGUUAAAGGAAGUAGUAUACAAAGAUUUCUUCGGAAAUAUUAUUACGAAUGAAAACGAAAAUGUUCAGAGGCAAAAUAAAAUGGGAAAUCGUAUUUCUCCAAAAUCGCAAAAAGGAUAUUCCCUGAUGCAGAAUAUUUUAACAAAACAUGGAAUAUGGUACAAAUAUAAAGAAGGUUGUAAUAACGCUGUUCGGCGAAGUGUAUUCAUGGAGAAACUCUUGUAAAUAAAAAUAUUUUUAUGCAGCUUACAAUAAUACAUCAAAUUGAGAAUUUUAAUAAUAAA